AUGGUUUCAGCAUUCACUUCUGUCUUUCUUCUAAUUGCUUGUACCAUCUUUAUUUCAUCAACUAAUGGAGUAAACCUUCCUGGUAAUUACACAUUACCAAAAUCUUCACCAAAUUUAUGCUUUGCUGCUCGAUUUGAUCUUGUGAUUAAUAUUGAAUAUCUAAAAAUAGAUGGAAAAACAAAUAUUUCAAGAAUUCCAUUGAAUAAUCAAACUUUUCAAUAUUACGAUGGAGAAUGUUUACCAUCUAAUACUCAUAAACUUACAAUUGGAAUGUUAAAUAAUUUAACAACCAUAACAUUUCAAUUUGAUCUUAAUGAAAAAAAUCAAACAUCAUUAACAAAAGUUUCUGGUGCUGUAACUAUUGAUAAUACAGAUUAUUUUCCGAAUUGUAGUGAGAAUGUUAAAGGUCCACAGGCAUUUAUAGCAAAUGAAUCAUUAUUUAUAACUGAUCGUAGUAAUUCUUAUCGAUGUAAUACGAAAACAAAAAUUGAUAAUUUAAAAAUUAAGAAUAAUAAUAUUACAAUUAAAUCGAUUGAUCUAGAAAAUUUACGCAUUCAACCAUUUGUUGAUGAAAAGAGUCAAUUUGUUGAUUAUGCUACUGAAAAAGUUUGUACAAUGGAUAUAUUUAAAGGUCCAACUUUGAUUCCAAUUAUUGUUGGUGUAUGUCUUGCGGUAUUAGUUGUUCUUAUACUUGUUGUAUAUGUCGUUCGUCGUCGACGUUAUCGUAAUGGAUAUCAAAGUGUUUAA